CUCGCAUCUUUCCUGUGCAUGCUGUGUGGUGGUGGUGGGCUUUGACCAUGUUCCAGACACGUCAAAAGUCUAGACUUACGUAUCUUUGCUGGCUGGCUAGCUAGCUACUAUCUACUAGUAUGGGUUAUAUACAUCACAUCAACCGAGCGCUUGGUCGCUCCAGUUGGGUGGUCCGUGAUGCAGGGUAAAUUGGAUGGGUUGGUCGGUCAUGCAUGUUGGUACCUACAGGCUGGUUCAUACGUGCGUCGCUGAUCUUGAAGGGCACGGUUUGCCGCCGUUGUCUGCUUGGCAUUAGUGCUUUGCUCUGGUUGGGUUGGCUGGGAUUGCCUUUCUGGUCGUGGUGGAAAACAGCCUUUUAUUUUUUAUUAGUUUUGAUCGAGUCUAGUCUCUGCCUGCAGGUGGUAGGACCCAAACCAGGCAAGGCUGGCUGCGAUAAGGCGCACGAUUUGGUGGUGGCGGGUCAGGACUGUCUGCUGAUAGGGAACCCGAGCAAUUUGGAAUCGGAUUGGCGAUGUCAUGAUCGUACGGCGCUUCUUGCUGGAGGCUCAUUAGCACCCCGAAAGUGGAUGGCGUACCUCUCUCAGCCGCUCAUUCCUGGCGCUUAAAGCUCGCGUACGUCCAAGACAUGUGGGUUGGCGUGGAGAGCAGCUUUAGUCCAGGAGACAAAGAGGGGUCGAAUGGGUUGGUCAGUUGGAGCUGAACGGCGGCCGGCAAAAGGUGGUCAUUCGAUUGGAGGGGGGUU